GUGUUGCCACGAUGAAGUUCAAGAGUCCCCCAGUGAACAGCCUCAGCCUGGAGUUCCUCACAGAGUUUUCCAUAAGCCUGGAGAAGCUGGAGAACAACCGGGCCUGCCGGGGUGUGAUCAUCACCUCUACUCUUCCCAAAAUAUUCUCCUCUGGCCUGGACAUCACUGAGAUGUGUGGGAAGAGCAUGGAGCACUACACUGAGUUCUGGAGAGCAGUGCAGGAGAUGUGGCUGCGGCUCUACGGCUCCAACAUGGUCACAGUGGCUGCAGUCAAUGGGUCCAGCCCAGCUGGGGGCUGCCUUGUUGCCAUGUCGUGUGACUACAGGAUCAUGGCAGAGAACCCCAAGUUCAGCAUCGGCCUGAACGAGGCCCAGCUGGGCAUUGUGGCUCCCUUCUGGUUUAAGGACACGUUUGUGAAUGUUGUGGGACACCGAAUUGCUGAGCGCUCCCUCCAGCUGGGCUCCCUCCACCCUGCACCUGAGGCCCACAAGCUGGGCCUUGUGGAUGAGCUGGUGCCAGAGGAGAAGCUCAUGGAGAGGGCUGCAGCUGUCAUGGCACAGUGGCUGGCCCUUCCUGACCAUGCCCGCCAGCUCACCAAGACCAUGAUGAGGAAGGCGGUGUUGGACCGCCUGGUAGCUCACCGGGAGGAAGACAUCAAAAACUUUGUCACCUUCGUCUCAAAAGAGUCCAUCCAGAAGUCCCUCCGCAUGUACAUGGAGAUGCUGAAGAAGAGGAAGAGCUGAGGCUCCAGCUGGUCCCUGGGAGGUUGAGUCACCCUCUGAAACGCUGCAGUAGCUGUUGGUCUCACAGCAGAGCCACCUGCAGUGCCAGCAGUCGGUGACAUGCCACCUGUCCCACAGCCACCCAGCUGCCCCUUCCCUUUGUGCCUGUAGAGUGCCUGACACCACUGCUGCCUUCCCCAAGGGCAGGGAGAGCCCACCCAGCACCCAAGGAAUGGACUGGGACAGGGUCUCAACACGCCGUGGCCUGAGCCUGAUGGUCCUUGGAUGUCCUCCCUCCUGUCCAACAGUUAAUCGUGAAAUGAGGUUUGUCAAUAAAUCUUCAAUGAGGUAGGA